AUGCUUCAAGAGGACGAGAAGAGUGGCAAUGUAGUCCAAGAGAUUGUCUCUGAGGAUAGUUUAGAAGCAGAAAAGAGGUUAGAGACCCCUGAUUUGAUGGAUCUUGGCCGAGAAACAGACCAUAUGGUGGGUAAUACGAAACAAGCCGACCAUUUGGAUACGCUUACACAUAGGGACUCAGGUAAAGAAGUACUGUAUCGGGAAGUCUCUACAAAAUUUCCUUUCAAAACGUCUGAUCGAUUACUAGAUGAUCUGAUUCAUGAUUUGGCAUUUAUCAACUCCAAGGACCAUGAUAUACUAUAUUCCGAUCUGCAUAAUGGUAUACUUAAGGCUCCCGUACUAGCUUAUUCUAGAAGAAUAUCACAGUUGUAUCCCUACUCUUUCGGUACUCUGGUCGACCAAAUUACAUUACAAACAAGCUUCGAAUACCCAUCAAUUUCAUGCCCAGGGCAUAACAAGCUGAAUGUUUACAUGGGAGUGCUGAUUGAUGUGCCGCAUGACUACAAGAUCACCAGUAGCACCCUUUCUGAGAAUACAGUUUAUCACUUAAAGGUUACUGUGAAGACUAGAUCUAUACUGGAACACACCAAGAAAAAGGCCGGAGUCACUCAUUAUCAUUGCAUUAGUGAAGCAGAUCUACAUCAGUUUGAUCGACAAGAUUUGGAGUUUGACCCGACAGAUCCGCGGUUGGUGGACCAUGCCAUAUAUGUUUCAAGUGAUACCAAUAAACUGGUACUCAUUGAAGUCUUCUUGCCUGAAUUCGACAGAGAGGAGAAGACAGAAUGCUGGUCCGGAACGGCUAUUAAAACCAGAUACUCAGAGGCAUGUCAGAGAUUUGAUACGCUAGAUCCAUCGGAAAUUCCCACCCAAGCUGACUGCAUUAACACUCUAUUGAAAAUUUUUAGGGGUCCAUUGAACCGUCAAAACUCUGAAGAGCCCUUAAAGACGAUAAACUCUGAUAAUGUCGUUUUGAAUUCACGUAUCAAUCCCAAUUGGCUCACUUCAAAAUAUGGGUUUGAGCUACAUGUUGAGAAAGAUGAAAGUACUGGUGAAAGCUAUUUCGAGUUUGAACCUCCCAACCUCACCAACUACAUUGAAGAUAGAAAGGUCAGAAGGCUUCGGGAGUCUUUUAUUAGGAAAUGUAUUGAACUGAUAUUUCUAGGGAAGACAGCAAUUGAACUACUUGGUAAGGAUGCAAAGACUACCUCCAAAGUUUACCGAACCUUCAACGCAAUUCAAAUCGCCUUCUCGAAGACAACAUGGUUUAAGAUGUUGGGUGAGCAUAGAUCCAUCUUUUCAUUUGAAUCCGCUUCGCCUUUAGACGCCAACUAUAACUUCAUUAAUCUUUCCGCAUGUUUUUAUUAUAUUGAUCGAGACAUCAUCAAGAACUAUGAGGCACAAUGCGCAUUAGAUCCAGAAAACACUGGCAUUUAUUUCGACGCUCUAACUUACAUCGCCAAUAGAAAAGGAGCCUACCAAUUAGUGGCUUACUGUGGUAAACAGGAUGUUGUUGGUCAGGAAGCUCUUGACCAAGCAUUGAAACUCUUUGGUAUAGAUUCGAAGGACGUAGAUGUUGCCACUAUCGAUGAUUCACUACUAGUCUCCAUUUACAAAUCGGAAACCAUGGCAAACCCAAAUGAAAACCGCCACACUGAUCUGAAAAACGCUUUACGAUUAUUGGCGAAGUAUAAGAAAUCCGACAAACUCAAAUUCUUUGCAGAUUACGAGCCUUAUAAGAACGUUUCACGAGCCUACGAGAUAUUAGAAGUCGACGAAUCGGUUGACGACGACAUAAUUGAAACAGCAUAUUCGAUAAGCAUUAAUGACUCUCCGGGUUUGAAGAUAGACUGUGACAGAGCGCUGUACACGAUUGGUGUUCGCAAACGAAGUCUACGUCUGUUGAAUUAUCUGCUACAGCAGUGCCCUGAUUUCCAGCUAUAUUACGGUCCGGGGACUUUAUUAUAUUCAGAAGCAUUGAGCAUGUUGCAACUUAACGAAAACGCUGGUGAUGAGACAGUCCUUGAAGUGUUCCAACGCAAAUGGCAUCAGGAGACUGCCUUUGAGUCCGAUUAUCUCUUGAAGCUCAAAGCUGCUUUAACCAAAAUUGGAAUUGAAAGAAAUUCUAAAUUGAUUUUACAUUUUAUAGACACUGGAACUAUCGAUGCUAGUUGUUUGCCAGCUGAUAACUGGCCAACAGGUCUGAAUAAUAUUGGUAACACUUGUUACCUGAACUCGCUGCUGCAGUAUUAUUUCUCCCUAGCACCAUUAAGAAGGUACGUGCUGGAAUAUCAGGAAACGAUGGAACAUUUUAGGCAUCAUACUGGAAAUGAGUUAAGAAGAAUUGGCGGCAGAGAAGUCAGUGAAGCUGAGGUUGAAAGAUCAGUUCAAUUUGUGUAUCAACUCCGUGAUCUUUUCCAGGCGAUGAUUUAUUCGAAGGAAAGAUGUGUCACUCCAAGAAAGGAACUUGCCUAUUUAGCAUUUGCACCCAGCAAUUUUGAAGUUGAGUUUGAGCCUACCACAGUGAAUGCCCAGCAUGAAGUGUCUAAAAUAGCUGAAUCGACAAACAACGAUAUUUUGAUGUACGGACCAACAAAUAGGUCGGAUAACGAUCAGACAGGUCCUAUAGAGUUGGACAGUGAUAGUGGGAAUGAAGAUAUUGACGUAUCUAUGACAAAAGAACCAUCUGAAGAGUACAAGGAGGAUAUUCCCAUGAGUGACGCAGAGAAGGAUAAUAUAAUUAGCACUUCUACUCGUGUCGCUAAAAUUAGUUCUGACCAGUUAGAGAAUGCAUUAGAGAUGGGGAGACAACAAGAUGUCACAGAAUGUAUUGGGAAUGUUCUUUUCCAACUGGAGAGCGCAUCUGAUCCAAUAAAUCUCGACGAGGACAACGAGCAAAACGAUUUGGUCAAGCAGCUCUUUUACGGUAAGAUCAAGCAGACGAUCAUACCGCUUGCGAAAUCAACAGAAAUCCAGACCAAGAUUGAACGAUACUUAUCUCUCUUGGUCAACAUCGGAGAUCAUCCUAAGGACAUAUACGACGCACUCGACUCAUAUUUCAGUGAUGAACGUCUGACUAUGGCCGAGUAUGGCGACGUCAAAAGAACAGUUGCGGUUACAGAGUUCCCAACGAUUCUACAAAUACAAAUACAAAGAGUUUACUAUGAUCGUGAAAGGUUCAUGCCUUUCAAGUCGAUUGAACCGCUCCCUUUCAAUGAAGUGCUGUACAUGGACAGAUACAGCGACUCACAAGACCCCAAAAUGGUAGAGAAGAAAAAGGAAUCAGAGCAGCUGAAAGCACAAUUGUCAAGAUUAAAGAUACGUCAAAAGGAACUACUUAGUGUCAACGAACUCGGUCUUUCACGGAAAGCUGCAUAUAUGGAGACUAUAAACUACCUAAAGUCCGACCUGAUAAAGAGUCAGGAACUUAAAGGACUCAAUAACGACUUCCUCAUCGAGCAACUCAAGCAAUCCAUCGCAGACAUUGAUCAAGAGCUCACAUCGCUGUACCACGAUAUCGCCAAGUUAGAGAACACUAUUGACAAGCAAUUCGAAGAGUUCAAAAAAAUUGGUUACUCACUAUUCGCCGUAUUUAUCCACAGAGGCGAAGCCAGUUACGGUCACUACUGGGUUUAUAUCAAGGAUAGGUCCAAGAACGGUACCUGGAGGAAGUACAACGACGAAACCAUCACUGAAGUUCCCGAGACCGAAGUCUUCAAUUUCACAGAGGGGAAUACGGCGACGCCCUACUUCCUGGUAUAUGUUCGCCAAGGACAUGAGCAUGAUAUCGAACCUCUCAAAAGAAUCAUAGACCGCGAUUGA